UACAGGGAUGACCAGAGACUGCGGACACAGUACAGGGAUGACCAGAGACUGCGGACACAGUACAGGGAUGACCAGAGACUGCAGACACAGUACAGGGAUGACCAGAGACUGCGGACACAGUACAGGGAUGACCAGAGACUGCGGACACAGUACAGGAGAUGACCAGAGACUGCGGACACGGUACAGGGAUGACCAGAGACUGCGGACACGGUACAGGGAUGACCAGAGACUGCGGACACAGUACAGGGAUGACCAGAGACUGCAGACACGGGAUGACCAGAGACUGCGGACACAGUACAGG